AUGGACAACCUUUUCGUUCACACUGCCCAGAGUAGGCCGGAUCUCUGGAAGUUCCUCGAAGAUCCAAAUCAUCCACUGAAUGCUGCCUGGCCGCUCUUCCUCGACCAGGACAUAUACUUCCAACACUACUGCAGCCAGCUCAACGAGGUCAAAGCAUUUGCUUGCUUUCAGUAUAUCAUUGUCAAAGUUGAUGACUACGGAGAAGAGCAUAUUAUCGCCUGCGGACGUUCUGUUCCCUUCUACUGGCCGGAACUAGCCAAAAUCGGGGGCAAAAUGGGCCUCGCCCAACACCCAAAAGUGCUGCAUACCCUCCCAGAUGAAGGUUACGAUGCCAUCCUCUCCCGAGUGUUCGAACAACACUUCGCCCGAGAAGGCCUUGUCCAAGCCCUAGACAGGCCAACCCCAUUCAACGAUCCCGCCGCAGCUAGAAUAGAACAGCCCAAUGCACUGUCCGCUAUUUCCAUCACCGUUUCUCCGGAAUACCGCUCUCGGGGCUUAGCAGAAGCUCUUAUCCUGGCUAUGAAAGAAGCUGCCAUCGAGCGCAACUUUGACGCUAUGGUAGUACCGCUACGGCCAACACGGAAAUCAGAGUUCCCAAUAACCAAUAUGACAGAUUAUGUCUUAUGGCGGGCGACAACAUCAGGAAACCACACUUCUGGCAUAACAGUUCGAAAACCAGACCCCAGCCUCCCAUUUGAUCCUUGGCUGCGGAAACAUAUUCGGUUGGGGGCCAAGGUGAUCAAGGUGGCGCGGAGAAGUAUGCGUGUAGAGGGCAGUGUGGAGGAGUGGCAGCAGUGGACGGGGGUCAAUAUCCCGCAGGCUGCACGACAACAGGGUGGGUCUCUCAAACUGGAAGCAGAAUCGGGCAAGGUAUAUGUCGAAGUUGCGUUUCCAAGAGGCCUGGUACCCUUGCGGUAUUAUGUGGAUGAACAGCGCUGUGUCUACAUCGAGCCGAAUGUCUGGCUCCAUCAUGCGCUACCGAGCUUCAAUAUACCCAUCCCGCUGGAUUCAUCUAUCAUAUAA